AUGGCGGACGACGGUCUCUUACUAAAUUUCUCUCUGGGCUCGGAGAUUAUCAAACCUGAGACGAAGCUGAAAGGAGGCACAUGGCGGGAUCGACUGAGCGCGAAGAAGAAAGCGCAGAAUCGGGGGACGCGGGGGCCACGAAAAACGGACGGCGAUGGCAACGAAGAGAAGUCGCGUCCAGUGCGGAAUCCGAAUCAUAUCCAAGUGAUGGGGGCGCGGCCGCCGAAGCGAGCACGCACCGAGGGGGAAUUUGAGGCGGGGAAGUCGUCUCAGACACAUCAGCAGCACCCUGGACAGGUGAUUUCGUCUUUAUUUUCGCGGAAUCCGGAGCCACGGAACGCGGAAGAAGUAGUAAGGGAGGGGGAUGAGAUGAGGGAGGAAGCGAAGCCGAGCAAUGCGCCGUUGAUGGAUGGAUUAGAUACAUUUACGAAUCUAGGACUAUCAGCGACCUUAGCGGCGCAUUUGCUGACGAAGAUGGAGUUGAAGGCGCCGACGGCGAUUCAGAAGGCGUCGAUGCUGCAGCUGUUGAAUGAGGAGAGCGAUGCGUUCAUUCAGGCGGAGACGGGGUCGGGAAAGACCCUGGCGUAUCUGUUACCGUUGGUGCAGCGAAUUAUGGCACUGUCGCGGAAAACAACCACAGAGGAAAAGGAAGGAGAGGCGAAUGUCCAUCGGGAUAGUGGGCUGUUUGCGAUUGUGUUGGCACCGACGCGCGAACUGUGUAAGCAGAUCUCUGUGGUAUUGGAAGGUUUGUUGCGUUGUGCACAUUGGAUUGUAGCGGGGACGGUGAUUGGAGGAGAGAAGAAGAAGUCGGAGAAGGCGAGGCUGAGGAAAGGGUUGAAUAUUCUGGUUGCUACGCCGGGACGACUGGCGGAUCAUCUGGAGAAUACCCAGGUGUUGGACGUGAGCAAUGUGCGGUGGUUGGUGCUGGAUGAGGGCGAUCGCUUGAUGGAGUUGGGCUUCGAGCAGGAGUUGCAGGGCAUCAUCAAGAAACUGGAUGCGCGACAACGCCCGAGUCGCAUCCCCGGGGUGCCUACGAAGAGGACGACUAUUCUCUGCUCGGCUACGUUGAAGAUGAAUGUUCAGAAGUUGGGCGAGAUCAGUUUGAAGGAUGCGAUACAUAUCCAGGCAGACCCGGAAGACGAAGAGGGCAAGUCUAGCAAGAAUGACGGGGAGGAGUCGUUCAGGGUGCCUGCCCAGCUCAAGCAGUCGUACGCUAUCGUGGCAGCCAAGCUGAGGCUGGUGACGCUUACGGCUUUCUUGAAGCGAACGUUCAUGAGGAAAGGUUCCGUCAUGAAGGCGAUUGUCUUUGUUACCUGUGCAGAUUCGGUCGAUUUUCACUUCGAGGUGUUUACACGAAAGCAGAACCAGGAAGCCGACGGGGAAGAAAACAGUUCUAGUGAGAAAGAAGACAACACAACCAAAAACAACCAGCUCUCUCCUCACGGUACCAUCGCCUACGGCACGGCCUUCUCGAACCCCUCCAACCCGGUCACCUUGCACAAGCUCCAUGGCUCUCUUCCGCAGCACGUGCGAACCUCCACCCUCGCUUCGUUCGCGCGUAGUCGCGAUCCGUCCGUCCUCAUCUGUACGGAUGUCGCCUCUCGAGGACUGGAUCUUCCGAACGUCGACCUGGUAGUCGAAUACGACCCGGCCUUCAGCUCCGACGACCACACUCACCGAAUUGGUCGUACAGCGCGUCUGGGACGGGAUGGCCGGGCCUUGAUCUUCCUGAUGCCCGGGUGUGAAGAAAACUACGUCGACGUUCUGAAGCGCGGCUACCGAGACGGUGGCAAGGCGUUGACGCGCACCACAGCCGAAGAAAUCAUCAAGCGCGGAUUCGGCAGCAAUGUGCAGUCUGAAAGCAAGAACUGGGAAGAAAAAGCAACGGAUUGGCAAUUGGAAAUCGAACGUUGGGCCCUCGAGAACCCAGAAUACCUAGAAAUGGCACGACGGGCAUACCAGUCCCACAUCCGGGCAUAUGCUACACACAUCGCCAACGAAAGGAGCAUGUUCAACAUCAAAGAGCUCCAUCUUGGCCAUCUUGCCAAGAGUUUCGCUCUCCGGGACCGUCCGAGCAAAAUCAACGUGCCUGGCCUGCGACCGGGCAAGGAGGAUACGAAGAAGGAGUUCAAGGCGGAGCGUACAUCAGCCUCCGGCAAGAAGAGAAAGGCACCGUCUGGUGGGCAGAAUGACGAUGCCGAUGUGCGUUCUGCGCAUGACACCACCACGGCAGCACAGAAGAUGAGAGCCAAGAUGAAGGAGCACAUGGCCGGAGCAAACGAAUUCAAUCUGGCUUGA